CACAAGCCCCACCGUUCCGAUCCGUUCCCCUUCUCCCCAGUCAAAUCCCUGCAGCCUCCACUGUGCUGUGCUCUGCGGCGGCCGGCGAGCCCAUGGAUCCUUCCGCCGCGCAGCGGCGGGAGGCGGAGCGGUCCAUGAGCAUCGCCGAGAAGCUCCUGAUGGCGCGGGACCUCGAGGGCUGCAAGCAGUUCGUCGCCGAGGCCCGCUCCGCGGACCCUCACGCGCCGGGCGCCGACGACCUCUUCGCCGCCGCCGACGCCCUCCUCGCCGCCCAGCGCCGGCGCCUCCCGUCCGGGGGCCCCGACCCCUACGCCGUCCUUGGCCUCGACUCCGCCGUCCCGGCCUCCCGCGACCCCGACGUCGUCCACUCCUACUACCGCCGCCUCUCCCUCCUGCUCAACCGCUCCCACCCCGACCGCCCCUGCUCGCUCGCCUUCGCCGACGCCGCCCGCCUCGUCGCCGACGCCUGGGCCUUCCUGUCGGAUCCUCUUCGCAAAGCCUCGCUCGACUCCGACCUUGACGCAGCUGCAACCGCCAAAGCCGCCGCCGCCGCCGCUGCCUCAGCAGCAGCAGCAGGUCGUGUACCCGCUGCUCCCUCUCCAGAGAAGCAGCAUCAGCUGGAGCCACAGCCACAGCCGCCGCCGCCUCAACCAACCUCGCCACCGCCUGCACCCCAGCCACGGCAGGCCGUGUCGGCCACACCACCGUUAAAGCGCGGCCGGCCGCCCCGCGCUGCCAAAACGCCGCCGGCGGCGGAACAGAACCAGGAGGGGGAGGCUCCGCAGGCACCACCGUUCUGGACGGCUUGCCCCUCCUGCUGCCACCUACACCAGUACGACCGUUCCUACGAGGCGCAAACGCUGCUCUGCCCCAGCUGCUGCCGGCCGUUCGCCGCCACGGCAGUGGCCACGCCGCCGCCCAUCGUGCCUGGCACCGACAUGUACUACUGCUCAUGGGGUUUCUUCCCGAUGGGGUUCCCUGGUGGCCCUGCAUUCGCUGGACCAGUCAGUUCCCCGGGGCAGCAGGCCCCUUCUGCUCUAGGAUUCUAUCCAAUGGGGCCAUACUUGCCAUUGCCGGGACAAGGUGGCAUUGUGGAAGGCAACACGUCAGUUGCUGCCAGCAGUGGCAUUCCCGUCACCCCCACCAUGACAGCGCCAGUGCCGGUCACCCCUACUGUAACAGCGCCACCGCCGACGGUGGCAAAGCCAGUGAAUUCCUCACAUCAGAAGGUUGAAGCAAGGAAGCGAGGGCGGCCCAAAGGCAGCAAGAACAAGAAAGUGGUGAUUGAGAUCAAUUAGGGCUUUGAUUGUCGGUGCGGGCGAUGGCAUUCCCGUCACCCCUGCAGUUACAGCAUCAGCGCAGCAGCAACAAUGCCAGUGAAGUCAUCACAUGUAAAGAUUGGGGCAAGAGAGUGAGGACAGCCCAAAGGUGACAAGCCGGCAAGAACAAGAAAGUGGUUAUUGAGAUGAGGACUAUUAUGAAGAUGGAAUGGCGAAUUGUGUACAUUGGCUGCGCCAUUCAGCAUCUGCAUCUGCUGUAAACUAAAACAAUCUGUAUCUGUAGGAGACUUCUCUUGUUCCAAGAUGAAAUGGGUGCAGUGAGAUGGUCAAGCAUCGGAGCUUCCUCCAUGAUAAGGUGCUCCAAAAUCAGAGCUUCUCCAUUCAAGACAAUUUUGGUGACUUGGUUGCAGGUUGCCCUCCUUUCAUUGCAAAGUGUAACAUAGUGGCUAGUGUGUUAGCUCUCUUUGUAUCAUCCCAUUAGAUUUAGAUUGGUAGAUGUCCCAUGUUGUAGAAUGGCAGCUGCUCAAGUGCCAGUAUGCUUCUGCUUGUAAAAUUAUGAGAUGAAUACUAAGCUCAGUGAAUGCACAUUAAUUGGAAAUUGUAUGAAGCUGCUGAAAUGUGGACA